AUGACAAGAUCUUUCCCCAUGAAUGCUGGUGAUGGUUUUUAUAGCUACUCCAAAAACUCCCAUUUGCAGUAUGUAUUCAAUAGAGCUGAGGAAAUUGUUCAUGGAGGAAUGAUAGUGCUUAUUACACCAUUUUCAAGUUAUGUACGUCUCAUGAAAUUCUUUGGCACUAGUCUUACGGAUUUGGUGAAUGAGGGAAAGUUAGAUGAGUCUUUAGUUGACUCAUUCAAUUUGCCAAUGUAUUUUCCAUCUGUUGAAGACAUGACUAAAGUGGUGGAGAAAAAUGAUUGUUUUAGCAUUGAGAAAAUAGAGUUAACAUAUCCUCAAUCAAAGCUUGUGGAUGAGGCUGAUGCAAAGACUUUAAUGAUAAACCUAAGAGCUGUUUUAGAAGGACUUUUAAUCAAUCAUUUUGGAAGUGAAAUAGCAAAAGAGGCUUGUGAAAGGACUAUACUCAAAAGUGAAGAAAUUUCAGCAUGGACGAAAGCUAAUUAUGAAAAAUCAUGUCAAUUAUUUGUCGCUUUGAAGCGUAAAUGA